AUGAAACCGUUGGGGAUGGAGGGCGUGGCGACGUUUGAUCCGAUCGCGGGCAUCAUGCUGUGGCGCGAGCAAAGGAAAGCCGCGGCCGCGCGGCGCCGAGCGCGCGCGGAGCUGUACCCGAACGAGGACCCGCCGCCGACGCCGGACUUGAAGCCGCUGAUUUUGGGGAUGAAGCACAGCGUAGCCGUCUACGGCGCGCUCGCGGUGAUCAUGCAGAAGGGAUUCGUGGGGGGACUGAAACACGAGGUCAUGUCCGGGUUUAAGAGCGCGGGGGACGACGUCACCGCGGCCGCGGCGAGAAGCGCGGGGAUCGACCCCGCGGACAUCGUGAGCGCGAACUGGAGCACGCUCACGUUUUCGCCCGCGUCGUACGUCGCCAUCGACCGCGGCGCGAAGACGGUCGUCGUCGCGAUUCGCGGCACCGCGCAGCUCGAAGAUUUACUCACCGACGCGUGUUGCACGUCCGUGCCGUUCUGCGGCGGGUGGGCGCACGCGGGCGUCGUCGCGAGCGCGUGGCAGGUGGUGCAGACGCAGAUCGCGCCCGCCGCGAGGGCGAUGGCGAACAACCCGACGUUCGAGCUGCUGCUGACGGGGCACAGCAUGGGCGCGGGCGUCGCCGCGUGCAUCGCGAUGCUUCUGCGUCUCGGCGACGCCGACGUCCUCGCCGCCGCGAGCGAGGGGAUACGAAAAGCCGUGGACGAGGACGGCGCGAGCGAGGAGGGCGCGGCCGCGGCGACGCGAAACGUCACGCGCGCCAUCUGCCACUGCUUCGCCGCGCCGAGCACGUGUUCGCUCGAUCUGUCGAACGCCGCGCGCGAGUACGUCACCGCGGUGGUCGCGGGUAAGGACGUCAUCCCACGCUUGUGCUACGGCAGCGUGCGGCGGCUGUUACGGCGGUUAAACAGCGCCGCGCCGUCGCAGCCGAUGAUGCGCGCGAUCAGUAACGCGUUGGGGGGGCGGGAUAAGGGGGGAUCGCAAGGGAUCGGUCGACGCGGCGGGGGCGGGGACGGAGACGGAGACGAGUCGCCGCUCUACGUCGCGGAGGAGGACGCGAGAGCGUACGAAGAGGACGAGGCGGAGAUUACCGGACGGAUGAGCGCGCUGCACGACUUCCACGCGCCGACGGCGUCGGAUAAGCCGAAGAUCCCCGAGCCGGAGCCGCGCGACGCGGAUGAAUCGGAAUCGGAUCUUGCCCCGGACGAGACGGACCGAUCGGCUUCAAACGCGCCGCCGCCGAAACCGCCCGACGGCGACGGCGCGGCGGCGGCGGCGACGCUCGCGAAGGCGCAGCCGCGCGCGCCGUCGGAGCGCGAGCGCGAAGAGAAGCGCAAGCAGAGAGCGCGGCAAGUCGCCGCGGUCAAAGCGGCGACGUCCGCGACGGCGGCGUCGGGGCUGGACCGCUGCCAGGCGCACUGGGACGACCUCGAGGGCGUCACCGGGCUCGAGCUCAGAGACCACGGCGCGGGCGACUUCCUCGUCCAACCGGGGCGCGUCAUCCACCUGCGUCACCUCAGCUCGGACGACGGCCCCACCGCGGAGGAGCGGCAUCCCACGGCGUUCACGGAGAUCCCGCUCUCGACGCGGAUGAUGACGGACCACAUCCCCAUGGUGUACAUGUCCGCGAUGAACGCCGUCGUCGCGGCGGCGGAGAGAGAGAAAGUCGCGUCCGAACGCUGGGAGGAUCUCUUCGCGGAGGAGGUCAGGGUGUACGGCCCGGGAGGGUACGACGUCUACGCCGACGCGGUGGCCAUGUUAUCGGAGGCGGACGCGAAGCGGUUGGGGAGGAGGGGCGAGUUCGACGUGGGGGGCGGAGAUGGGAGCGACGGCGAGAGGACGGGCGGCGGCGGCGGACUCGGCGCGAUGUGGGCGCAGGUGAGACGAGCUGUCGGGAUGAGCGCCGGGUCGACGAGCUCGUCGUCGUCUUCGUUGAAGUCUUCCCCGCCGAAGCCCCCGGCGGCGGCGGCGGCGGCGGAAGAUAAAACGUCGAUCGACGCGCCCACCGAGGAAACCCCGCCGGCGGCGCCGAGGGCGCGGAGUAAGAAGGAGGAGCACGCGAAGGCGAUGUCGGCGACGCCGCCGGCGACGCCGGCGACGCCGGCGGAGACCGCGCCGGGUCGCGGCGCGUGGAAUUUAGGGCGGAUGUUCGGCGGGCUCUUCAGAGGCGGCAAGGGCGAGAGUCCGAGUCCGAGUCCGAGUCCGGAGGCUGCUGAGGGCGGCGAGGUGGACGCGUAGAAGAAGAAACAGAAACUAAACGUAGAAG